CGCAGACAUCGCCUUCAAGCAAAGGGAUUUAGAUAUGGCUUCCAAUUUCCCAUAGGAAAGAGGGACUAAUCAUAAGGCGAACUCAAUACCCGCUCAGUUGUGACGUCAGAAUGGAGGAAAAAAUGUUGUUGUUUAGCAGAGCCAUCUGUAAAGUAGAACUUGAACUGUAGGUGAAACACGCAAUCGACCCGUUCCUCGUUUUAGUACGCGAGUUUGUUGUCAAAUGCCAAGUGGCAGGUCAGAGGGAAGAAGAAGACUAGAUCGAAUGGCGAUUUUGUGUUACUUGGCUUGGCUGCUCCCGCGUUCCCCUUAGUCAUUAGACCUCAAUUCAAUUAGCUGUAAAUAGGCUGUAUCGGGCUAAACAUCCGGCCUCGUCCCAAUUAACUUGCGUGUCGUGUGUGUCGCCCAGUCGGGCGGUGUGGGAUUUGUUUGCGUGAUUCGUCGACAGUCCUAACAUUUUUUUUCCCACUAUCCUUUAUCCGUUUUCGCUCUGUGUUUUUUUUUACAAGCAUUUAGUAAAAUGCGUUACAUCAGUGGCAGCCCCUUUGUCAAACGGUGAUAUUUUCAGAUGAAACAAUGGAAUUCCGCCCAUCCUGCAGCCUCUUCAUUUGUUUGUUGACUCACUUUUCCCAAACUGUUUACUUUAGUGUGGGUCAGGGAGGGGAUAGAGCACUAAAGCUCUUACUCAACCUCUCCCUACUGUGAAAAGAGAUUUACCAGAACUCAGCUCUCUAUCUGUUUCUUGUUCUUGUUGCAAAAUUCAUUCCCCUCUGCCCCUGGUGUCCAGUAGUGUUGAAAUUCCUUUUCCGUCUGAUACCCUAAUGGGAUGUCUGCUCUGUCCCUGUUGCCAGUCAGUGUUACCAUAAUAGAAUUAUGGCUUCAAUAAGGCUUCUCUGGGAAGUUUUUCAAUGUGAUCAGUACAGUCCAAGACCUAGAGCCCAAGUUUCAUGUGCCAAAGAAUCAGUGAAUUCAGGUCUAUUUGUCGUUUUCAUCAUGUUGAUUAAAGAAUAUAGAAUACCGUUGCCUCUUACUGUCGAAGAGUACAGGAUUGCCCAACUCUACAUGAUAGCUAAAAAGAGUAGAGAAGAGAGCUGCGGUGAAGGGAGCGGUGUGGAAAUUUUAGUCAAUGAACCCUACACAGAAGGCCCCGGUGGGUCUGGACAAUAUACUCACAAGAUCUUCCAUGUCGGCAGUCACCUGCCUGGUUGGCUCAAGGCUCUUUUGCCCAAAUCUGCCUUCAUCGUGGAGGAGAAGGCCUGGAAUGCCUACCCCUACACCAGAACUCGCUACACCUGCCCUUUUAUUGAGAAAUUUAGUCUGGACAUAGAGACGGUGUACCGCGAAGACUGCGGCGAUAUAGACAACGUCUUCAAACUCAGUAACUCAGAGCUUAACGAACGAGCUGUCGAUUUGAUUGACGUAGUGAAAGAUCAACUACCCACAGCUAGUGAUUACAUCAAAGAAGAAGAUCCGUGCGUCUACGUUAGCCGCAAAACGGGCAGGGGGCCUUUGAGCGAUUCUUGGAUUCAAGACUAUUGGCGCGAAUGCAAGGGUCAAAAAUUACCUCUGUCGAAUGGCAAGGCAAUCAUGUGCGCCUACAAACUAUGCCGAGUUGAAUUCAAGUACUGGGGAAUGCAGGCCAAGAUCGAACGCUUCAUCCACGACAUUGCUCUAAGGAAAACGAUGGUUCGAGCUCACAGACAGGCGUGGACUUGGCAGGAUGAAUGGUUCAACCUAACAAUGGACGACAUCCGUGAAUUGGAAAGACAAACGCAGGAGGCGUUGGCCAAGAAAAUGGCGUCAGCCACGACGACGACCAGUGAAGGCGGACUGGAACAACAGCAAUACGAGGAACAAAAGAAUAAUAGCGUCAUACCGUCAAGUAUGGUGCCAGCAUCGCCAAACAUCAGCGGGGAAGAAACUGUGGACAAGAGCGGCCAGCCGGCAGCUGCACCACAGGGAGUUGUUGCCACUACAUCAUGGCCCAUGUCUUGCAUUUCCGAGUCGAGCAGCGAUGACGACGAGUUCUUUGAUUGCCAAGACUGGCGUUCCGGUCAGUCAGGAGGAGCCCUGUCGCCUACCAUGGUUCGUUGGAGCUCGAUGGAAUUGGUUCCGCAAGGCGAAGAUGCUGACGAGUUGCUGGAUCCUGCCGACAGAAUUCAGGAUGAACGAAUCGAAGUGAGGAUGGAAAGGGACAGUAUCUUCUCGGCUGGUUACUUGCAACGACAUGCCAAUCAACGCCGUCCGUCUCGUAAGCUGGUCAACAAUUUUUUACGAGCCAGCGGAACUGGCCGUUCUCAAUCGCCCAGUAGCACCGUGGGUGGGACAUCGUCCCAACAAACUCACCCGGCCAGCGCCCUGAUUUUGGUGUUCCAUGGAGGCACGGUGCUGGACGUGUCUUCUGAGCUGUCGAACAAAGCGGCCGAUUUGGCCACAUUCCGCAGUAAUUUGGAGGCCGUCAGUCGCCAACAUUUCCCCGGCCUGUGCUCGGGCCGUCUGGCCGUCCGCCUCGUUUCGUGUCCCACUUUGUGCCCAGAUGCAAUAACCGUCCUCAACAGUUUAUCUUGCUCCUCUUCCUCCAUGUUAGAACAAGGUGGAUCGUCCGUUGCUCCACCCCCGCCAGACGCUUCUCAUCCGAUGACGGCCGCGUCGGAUUCAACAGCAGUCGACCCUUCUGUUCCAGUUAGUAGUGUCGCAGCAUCGGCCACUGCCUGCUGGCCACCUCUCGGGUGUUUGCCACUAUUCGCCGCCUCAUCUCCGGAAUACGCCGACACAGUGAACCGGACGAUCACGGCCGCCAAUCAAGCCUAUGCAGAGUUCCUAAAAUCGCCGGAAGGGUCCGGUUUCUCCGGGUCGGUGGCCGUGGUGGGCGACGCGGCCGGAUCCAUCCUCCUUUACGACGCCCUCUGCAAGUCCGCGUCGUCGGAUUGUCACGACGGCGGAGGUGGCGACAUUCACUCGCAUUUCGGCGGCAGCGACAACAGCAUAGCCGAAGAACCGGAUCAACACAGUCCAGCAGUGGUUUUCGAAGAAGAUAAGAAAACCGAUCACUUCACCCUCGGCAUAUCGGCCUCGUUUAAGAACACGAGAACUCAACAUCAUCAUCUGCAAGCGCCAACCAAUCGACGGGCGUCGUCGGCUUCUGCCGGUGAACAAGUUCCAGGACGUGGCCUUUCAACUAGUAGCAAACAUUACCUCGACUUUGAAGUGGGCGACUGUUUUUUGCUGGGCAGUCCACUCGCAUUGGUCUUGGCUUUCCGCAAGUGGAGUCACAGUCAUGGCCAACAGUGGCCUCGCCGUCCGCAUUGUCACGGCAUUUAUAAUUUAUUCCAUUCAAUGGAUCCUCUUUCGGCUCGUCUGGAGCCGCUCCUGUCGGCCCGUUUUGCAAAUACUCGUCCCGUCUCUGUGCCACGUUAUCAACGCUAUCCGCUAGGCGACGGCAAAUCGGCCAACCUGAUCGAUUUUGUUCAAAACAAUCCGCAAUUGUUUCAAGAAUCGACUGCGUCACCUCACCACCAACAUCAUCAGAUGGUCGAUAACAACGGAUUAAGCAAACGACGCCAAUCGGAUGGAUCCUUUGUUCACGGAAGUAACAACAGUCUUGGAUCAGAUUCGCUGGCAGCUCAAAUGUCGUCACUUUCGCAGCGCUGGUGGGGCAGUAAGCGAUUGGACUACGUUUUCUAUUGCCCGGAUGGUUUGACAUCUUUCCCGCCUUCCGCCCUGCCUCAUUUACUUCACGCGUCCUUCUGGGAGUCUGCCGAUGUGGCGGCUUUCAUCCUCCGCCAGUUGAUGAGACUGGACGGAAGCGUUGGAGGUGGAGGUUCGGCUGGACCUGACGAUUAUUACAGUGACAUUAGAGACGCCAAUGGUGGGACGUUGCCGUUCAGUCCGAGCACUCCCUGCGAGAAAUGGAUGCGCAAACGGACGUCGGUGAAAAUCAAGAACAUUGGAGCCAAUCACCGAGCCAACGACAUAAUCGUCAACGAAACGAUGCCUCAGGUUAUUGUAGCCAGGUUCAUGUACGGGCCGCUGGAUAUGGUGGCGCUGUCUGGCGAGAAAGUGGACAUCCAUUUUUUGCGGGAUGCAAAUAAUAGCGAGUGGGACCUUAUCGCUACGGAAGUGACGGACAAAACUGGACGGCUGGUCUGCACGUUGCCGUCGGACCGGACUCUUCCGCCGGGACUUCACCCGAUCAAAAUGGUCGUCAAGGGCGACCACACUUAUGCCGAUUUGUACGUGGCCGUUUUGCCGCCCAGGACGCAGGCCGUCGUUUUCAGCAUCGACGGAUCUUUCACGGCGUCGGUUUCGGUGACGGGUCGCGAUCCCAAAGUGCGGGCCGGCGCUGUCGACGUGGUCCGCCACUGGCAAGAGCUGGGCUAUUUGAUCAUUUACAUCACGGGACGGCCGGACAUGCAGCAGCGUCGGGUGGUUUCUUGGUUGGCCCAGCACAACUUCCCUCACGGUCUCCUCUCGUUCGCCGACGGGCUGAGCACCGAUCCGCUCCGGCACAAGGCCGAGUACCUCAAACUGUUGGUCAAUGACGUCGGACUGGAGAUCCGGGCCGCCUACGGGUCCAGCAAAGACAUUAGCGUCUACGCCAGCGUCGGCAUCAAGCCGGAGAACAUUUACAUCGUGGGCAAAAUCUCGCGAAAGCACCAAGGGCAAGCCCAGUCUCUCAUCGAAGGUUAUGCCAGCCAUUUGUCCAACUUGGCUGCAUAUCAAUGCCGGCCAGCUCAGAUCAAUCCUUAUCUGUUGCUACCUAGAGGUUGCCUGUCUCUACCAGGCCACGGAGCCCCCCUUUUACGUCGGAGAUCGGCUAAACGUGCAACAUCGUUUCCCAUCUCGACGGUCGUCACAGGAGUUGUUUACACAACGUCAUCGACAGCGACGAUGGUGGCGACAACAGCCGUCACCAAUGCUCCCACGCUGGCCAAAUCCAGCUGAAUGCAAACCCAGCAAUGGACGAGAAAAAAUGAGAAGAAAAAUUAUGCAGCCAAACAUGUUUGCCAACAUCAACUGAAACCCUUUUGUCCCUCUCUCUCUCUCGUGUUUAAUGAUGUAGUUUACUGUCGUCUUUUUUCUCGAAAUCUCAUUCCACCUAAUCUUCAAUAUCUUCGUGUUAGUCGGUCUUUGUGUUUGUGUCUGUCUAUCCGACUUCAAAUUUCAGGAAUUCUCUUUUUGUUUUUCCUUUAAUUGCUGUUCUUGUUCUCCUGUCCCCACUCUCCUCUCGUCGACGAUGGCUGGCUUUUAAGCUUUGGUUUAGGGUUCUUAAUUUAUUACAUCGGGUUAAUGGUGAGAUAAUGGAAAAGAUUUGCUCCAACUAUUCAAACAUUUAUUCAACGGCUGAAAUGCCUUUUCCUCGAUAAUGACUUUUCGCUUGUCUUGUCCUUGCCUUUUUUCUUGUGUAGAGAAAAGGCAGUGGUCUAGACGACGUUCUGCAGUAAUAAGUCAUUGGCGCUAUUCUUGAUCUUGAAAAAAUGAUUUACUCAUCCCUGUUCACCCCUCUAAUUCAUUUAGUAAAAAACAACAUUUGUUUCUUUUUGGCUUGGAAGGGUAAUUCUUUUUCGUUUGUUUGUGCAAAGAUAACUUGUCUGUGAGAGCUGUACGGUGAUUUUCGCAUCGUCUGUUUUUGUUGUGAUGCUUGUUCCCCCUGAGUGACGAAGCUGAUUUCAUUUCAAUAACAUACAACGUAUAUAUAUAUAUAUACAUAUAUAAAUAUUAUAUUAUUAUUAUAAACACUCAUUAAUAAUAAUAUUUGUAUUUACGUAACAAAGAAAAAUGUCAAAACCAAAAACAUAAUAUUUUGUUGUCU